CGCAGUGGCGGCUCACUUGACUUCAAUUUUGCGAGUGGAGGCUGGCUUGACCGCAGUGAAUUCCGGGAGUCAACUCGGAACAACCCACUGUAAGAACAAACAGCGUUCAUCUUCAACGCACUGAGUAGGCAAACAAGUGAACUUUCUCAAGACUUUUGGAACAUGCACCGCGUGUGACAGGAGGAACGCCACGCUAUUGAACGUCCAAUGUCUCCUGUUUCUGCAACUUGGCGUAUGUUCACCCUCCUGAUGCCACGUAGCGCAUUCUUGGAGCACCACGAGCAAAUUCUUAGAACGUCUCCUUGGAACUAAGAUGAACCUAAACGACAUGGCUGCGCAGCACGUAUAACGGGAUAGCAAUGGGUUGCUCGACCCUCCUGUUGGCCAGUGCGGUGUCAUCGCUGGGAGGUCUGGUUUUCGGUUACGAACUGGGCAUCAUCUCUGGUGCUUUGCUGCAGCUCAAGGCUGAGUUCGGACUCAGCUGCAUCCAGCAAGAGGCACUGGUCAGCUCCUUGUUAAUCGGAGCUCUGCUAGCCUCCCUGCUGGGAGGAGGCUUGAUCGACCGUUAUGGCUGCAGAAAGUCCAUCCUGCUCAGCAUUGUCUUAAUGCUGACUGGAAGUCUCAUCCUGCUUAUCAGCUCCUACCAAACCCUUUUACUUGGCAGGUUCACAGUGGGCUUUGCCAUGUGCCAGUCCUCUAUGUCCUGCUGCAUCUUCGUAUCAGAGAUGGUCACCCCGGAACGUCGGGGCUUUUUGGUAACGCUGUAUGAAGCUGGCAUUACUGUGGGCAUCCUUCUCGCUUACAUCACGAACUACGUUUUGUUUAAUUUACAAAGUGGGUGGAAGUGGAUGUUCGGCUUGGCUCUCAUACCAACAUUGAUUCAACUUGUGUCCGUAUGGUUCCUUCCGUCGAACACUGAGACGCGAUGUAUUCAUUCUGAAACAGCCCUUAUGGCUGCGAUAGAAACCCAAGACGAAGCUUGCUCAAAUGGCACCCAGGAAGGCAAGAAGGUGCAGUAUAAUAUCAUGUACCUUUUCCAGCGGAAAGACAACAUGAGGACCCGCACCAUCAUCGGGCUGGGACUGGUGCUUUUUCAGCAGUUCACUGGCCAGCCAAAUGUUCUCUUUUAUGCCUCCAUCAUAUUUCACUCUGCAGGAUUUCAGAGCGACAACUCCGCAGUGCUGGCCUCAGUCGGGAUUGGAAUGGUCAAAGUGGUCGCCACUCUUACCUCCAUGGUGUAUUCAGACAAAGUGGGCAGAAGGCCUUUGCUCAUCGGAGGAUGUUGCGUCAUGGCCUUUUGUCUGAUGUCCAUUGCACUGCUCAGUGGACAUUCACUAAACCACGUGGCCAGGCCUUGUAGUUCAGAUGAUUCACUUGGCAACAAGACGAGUCACCUUCAUUUCACGACUGGAAAUGACACACCUCCUUACACAACUCUCCAUGAGAACCACAAGCUCCAAGCCGCUGGUGUACUUAUGGCGGGAAACAAAGCAGAAAAACCUCAGGAACCGGUGAUGGAGGAAGUUUUCAACUGGAUCAUACUUAUCUGCAUGAUGGCAGUUGUCACUGCCUACUCUGUUGGAUUUGGGCCAAUGACCUGGCUCCUCCUCAGUGAGAUAUUUCCCGCUGCUGUAAGAGGAAGAGCCUUCUCAUUCACCAGCUGCUUCAACUGGAUUGCCCACCUCUUGGUUGCUUUCACCUUCCUGGAUGUUUUCAAUGCAAUGGGUUUGUCUGGAACUUUUCUUCUGUAUGGGAUAACCGCAAUGUUGGCUGCAGUUUUCUUCUACUUCAUGCUACCAGAAACCAAAGGCAAGACACUGGAGGAGAUAGACAGGGAACUGCGUUUGAAAAGGUUUCACAAUAAUGUGGCGUGCUGUGAUGUCAUCAGACGAAGAAAUUCCCCUCGAGAAUACCAAAGAGUCUGUCAAUUAAGCAGCUGAAUGUUUGAACAAGGAUCACUUAUCAGCAGGUUUUCACAAUAAACACACAGGGCUGCAUUUUAUUUGA